AUGGCGCCCGCCUCUGAAUAUACCACGUCGACCGCGUACCUCCGCAAAUUCCACUGGCCGGAAAUCCAACUGAACAUAUGGCUCCUAGUCGUUCUCACAUCGGCGGCAACAUGCCUGGGGAUAUUCAGCUGGUUCAUGGUCGUGCAGGCACAGAUGGAGCAGGCCUCGCCAUGGGUCUUUCCAUUCAUGAUCGCAGCGUCCAUCCUGGCCCUGUUAUUCAUCGUCCUGAUCUUCGUACUCUCCUUUCAAGCCAGGCUGAUCCCCGAACUGAUCAUCCUGGGCUCCUUUGUGCUCUUCGUGCUGUGGCUGGCCGGCCUCAUCGGGACGUCCAUCCAGCUCUACGGCUCGAUCGCCAAUGUCAAUUCUAAUUGCCAGAAUUACGUGGAAGCAAUCGAAUUCCGCGGAGCAAGCAUCAAUACUCUGGCGUGGCUCACCCAGGUCAAUAUCUGCAAUUGUUGGAAAGCCGCGUUUUCGCUCCAGCUCGUCAACACCGUAUUUUUCGUCUGGAUGCUCUUCAUGGCCCUCCAAGUCCGACGAGGAGAACGCUGA